AUGUCCGAAGCUUUGGAAAGUAUGGCUUCGAGCCUGGCACGUAAUGCUGUACCCACUAUGUGGAGCUCAAAAGCUUACCCUUCGCUAAAACCUUUAGGUAACUUGCUGCUUAUAAUAAUCUGCAUGGGUGAAAGAUUUAUGCCUGCGCGUCGAGUUUAUGCAACAAUGGGUGGACGGUGGUAUCCCGAAGGUGUUCUGGAUCUCUGGCUUCUUCUUCCCCCAGGCGUUCCUCACGGGCGCCUUACAGAAUUACGCCAGGAAGAACAUCAUAGCCAUCGACACCAUCUCUUAUGCUUUCGAAGUGAGAAUUGGUUAUAUGUUUUGUUUUAUAGUGUUCUGUGCCACGAAAGGAAAGGAACUUUUUUACGAUCACUCGUUUGUCUCACUGUCCGUUGUUAGCCCGUCCGCAAUGGAUAAGGGACGAGGCGUAUAAUUGAUGAAAAGUUCAGAAACAUUAGAUCUGAAAAAAAAAAUGCUCUCGCUGUCGCACCAGCUAAGCGUCCGGAAGAUGGAUGCUGUGUGCGAGGGUUGUUCUUAGAAGGGGCGAGAUGGAAUAUGGGUGAUAUGUCUCUUGAAGAGAGCAGACCUAAGGAACUGCAUACAGAAAUGGCGAUAAUUUACAUGAAGCCAGAACAAAAUCACAAGUUGCAGCAGGGUUUAUACGAGUGUCCUACUUACAAGACGUUGCUCAGAGCCGGCACACUGUCCACGACGGGACAUUCCACUAACUACGUCAUGACUAUCGAGUUGGCAACACAUAAACCGCAAGCUCAUUGGAUCAAACGAGGUGUUGCUUUAUUCUGCGCGCUCGAUUAUUAA